UAAAAUUGGUUCAGCCAAAAGUCCAAGAACAAGAGCAAGAGCUUAAACAGUUAAACAGUGGCGUCCAGCAAUAUCUGAAUUCUAAAUCCUGGAAACCUCCUCCUAAUUAGAAAGAAAAGAAAGUGUAGUUUACAGAGAAAGAGAGAGAGAGAGAGAAUGCUGAGUGGGCUCCGCACGUGUUGCCUUCCUGACAAGCCCAUACACCUGCACCUCUUUCGCCGGCGCGUGUUCUCCACCGCCUGUGCGGUGAACAAGAAGAAGAAAGAGAAGGUGAUAGUGAUAUCCGGGCCCACCGGCGCCGGAAAGAGCCGCCUGGCACUCGAGCUGGCAAAGCGGCUCAAUGGCGAAAUCAUCAGCGCCGACUCUGUCCAGGUAUACCGUGGUCUUGAUGUUGGAUCCGCCAAGCCUUCUCCCAGUGAGAGAAAGGAGGUACCGCAUCAUCUGGUUGACAUAUUGCACCCAUCCGAAGAGUAUUCCGUUGGGCAAUUUUUUGAGGAUGCUAGGCAGGCUACAAGAAAUAUUCUCGACACUGGUCGUGUUCCCAUAGUUGUUGGUGGGACUGGAUUGUACUUGCGAUGGUUCAUUUAUGGAAAGCCAGACGUUCCAAAAGCAUCUCCUGAGAUUGCCUCCGAGGUAUACUCAGAGUUAGCAGAUUUACAGAGAAAUGAAGACUGGGAUGCUGCUGUGCAGUUGGUGGUCAAGGCAGGUGAUCCAAAGGCCCAACUUUUAGCUGCCAAUGAUUGGUAUCGGUUACGGCGUAGCCUUGAGAUUAUAAAGUCUAGCGGGUCACCUCCAUCUGCUUUUCGAGUACCAUAUGAUUCUUUCAAGGAACAAUGUAGUAACGUAACAGAUAGCUCUCAUGGUGUCAACUAUUCUACUGAUACCCUAGAGGAAAAUAAAUCAAAGGAUUUGGAUUAUGACUUUAAUUGUUUUUUCCUCUCUAGCCAAAGACUUGAUCUCUAUAGACUAAUUGACUACCGGUGUGAAGAUAUGCUUUCAGGAGGUGAUGGGAUUUUGUCUGAGGCUAAAUGGCUUCUUGAUACUGGUCUUCUACCCAAUUCAAAUUCUGCAACUCGAGCAAUCGGUUAUAGACAAGCUAUGGAGUAUUUAUUACACUGUAGGGAGCUAGGAGGUAGUUCUCCCAGAGAAUUUUUCACUUUCUUAUCUGAAUUUCAGAAAGCAUCUAGAAAUUUUGCAAAAAGGCAAUUGACAUGGUUUCGUAAUGAGCAUAUAUAUCAUUGGCUUGAUGCUUCUAAGCCCCUGGAACAGGUGCUGAACUUCAUUUAUGAUUCAUACCAUGAUGAAAGUGGAGUUUUGGUGGUGCCUGAAUCACUAAGAAUGAAGAAAGAUACAAGCCACCGAGAAACUUCCAAACUUAAGGGCUACCGCACCAAAAAUAGGCAUUUUGUCAGCCGUCAUGAUUGUUCAGAUAUUUUGGACUGGAUAAGCAGAACCCAAGGGUCAUCAAGCAAUGAAGCUAUUUUUUCGUUCACUUGAAUCUAAAUUCAUUAUGAGAAUGACCUUACAGAAUCCAAAAUGAAACAAUUUUCCCCCUUUCAGAGAGACUCAAAAAAGAGAAAUAUAUCGGAAGCAUUCAUCUUUUUUGGAAGCCAAAUUGAGUUUGUUUCAUAAAGGAGGAUUUUGAUAAUGAGAUCAGUGUAUGUAUUUGUAAUCAAUAUAGUCCACUGCCACAUUCAUUUUCUGCUUAAAUUGAAGUAUGUAAGAGUAUAAUUUUUGUAUA